UGCUGAAAAAGUCAGAUUAUACUGAGUAUUUUCAUACCCUGCUGAUUUCCUGUUUACUUCCUAAACAACUAUACUACAGGGGCUCAGAGACCAUCAAUAUCUGAGAUACAGUUGCUACAACUGCAUAAAAGGAUAAUGAAGAUGAUAGUUGGUUGCUUUGUGUUGCUCACACUGAGGCGACAGAUGCAGCGGGAGGCCGGCCCACUGCAGGGUACCCAGUGACAGCACUGGCUUAGGCAUAUGAACUGUCAAGGGCUGCAGAACAGAGAGAUGAAAGGGCAAGAUGAAGAAAAGCAAGGCCCCCUCCUCCAGAAGAGCUGAAAUCCAACAUCUGUAUCAAUGCUACGCCUCAGGCCAGACGACUUUGCCUGCCUGCGCCCUCCUCAGGUUCCUCCACAAGGAGCAGAUGGAGCUCACAGCAAAUGAAGAGACGGCAGAGAGUCUGAUUGAUAGAUAUGAGAUUGAAGAGACAGCCAGAGAAAGCAGGUCCAUGACGUUUGAAGGAUUCCUCAGAUACAUGGAAUCCAAAGACUGCUGCGUGUUUGACCAGGCCCACACAUCUGUCUACCAAGACAUGGACCAACCUCUCACCAGUUACUUCAUCUCCUCAUCACACAACACCUACCUGACUGGAGAUCAGCUAGUAGGAAAGAGCCACCUGGAUGCCUAUGUUUGUGCUCUGAGGAAAGGCUGUCGCUGUCUGGAGAUUGACUGCUGGGAUGGGCCAGAUGUGGAGCCUGUAGUCUACCAUGGCUAUACCCUGACCACCAAGAUACUCUUUAAGGACGUCAUCACCACUGUGGAGCAACAUGCCUUCGAGGUGUCUGCUUACCCAGUGAUCCUGUCAUUAGAAAACCAUUGCUCCCAAGAGCAGCAGGUGGUCAUGGCCCAGUACCUCAUCUCUAUCCUUGGGGACAAACUGCUCAGAACUCCCUUGGAUCACCCAACCACUGGGGACCUCCCAAGCCCAAAUGACCUGAAGUAUAAGAUCCUCAUCAAGAAUAAAAAGCUAAAGCCUCAGAUUAAGACGGACGCAGCAGGGGCAGAGGAGAGUGUAGAUGAGGGCGAGGAUGAGGAGGAGGAUGAUGAUGAGGAGGAAGAGGAUCAUCAAAGCAAAGCAAAGUUCUGGUCUCCCAGAAAGUCAGGGUCAAAGACAAAAAAGAAGAAGGUGGUGGUGGCAGAGGCUUUAUCUGACCUGGUCAUAUACACCAGAUCUGUCAAGUUCAUCAGCUUCAGUCACUCCAAGGACAAUCAGAACUACUAUGAGAACACAUCUAUGGCAGAGAAGAAAGCUCGUAUGCUGGCCAAAUCCUCAGGUGCAGAUUUUGUUCAGCAUAACCAGAAGUUCCUAAGCAGGAUUUACCCAGCAGGCUCGAGGACGUCUUCGUCCAACUACAACCCUCAGGAGUUUUGGAACGUCGGCUCACAGCUUGUGGCUCUCAAUUUCCAGUCUCUGGGUUUGCCUAUGGACCUUAAUGAUGGCCGUUUCCAGGACAACGGGGGCUGUGGAUACGUCCUGAAGCCGGCUGUGCUCAUGUCCAGUCAGAGGAGCUUUGAUCCCGGCUGCAGCCAGCACAGGCUCAAACCCACACACCUGCUGCUCAAGGUGAUCAGUGGGUCCAACCUACCUAUUCCCAAGAGUGGCAAAGCUCUGGACCCCUUUGUCAGAGUGGAGAUGCAUGGGGUUGCAUCUGACUCGCGCAGAAAAAACACACAUACUGUCAAAAACAACUCUCUGAGUCCACACUGGGAUGCUGACAUGAACUUCAGCAUCAGCUUCCCCGAUCUCUGCCUCAUCCGCUUCUGUGUCCGAGACCAGACCGGCAUUCUCAGCAGUGAUUUUGUGGGCCAGUAUACCCUGCCCUUCAUCAGCCUGAAGAAAGGCUACCGCUGGGUGCCUCUGCGGUCCCGAGACGGAUGCAGCCUGGAUCCAGCCUCCCUCUUCGUCUUUGUUUGGUAUUCCUAAAAACAGCUCUCCAUAUCACAGCCUUGCCAACAGAUAGAGAAGCGUGGCUGAUGCGGCAACAACAACAACAACAACAACAAAAAUAUAUAAAUAAAUCAAAAGCACCAUUUCCUCAGAUAUAAAUACCAGUUUUAUUGUCAGAAAAUAGAUGUGCCUUUUCUCUACUGCCUGCACUGUGUGCUGCAGAGGAAAAGACCAGAAGGUUCCAACAGAGCUGAAAAGACACUCUAACAAAGAAUAACUCUGCUCGCAUCACCCAAGCAGUGGAGAAAUCCCUGGAGUAGAA